CUCUCUCUGGUCACUCGCAACCACAACCACCACCACCACCACCAUUUCUCUUUCUUUGUCUUCUUCUUCUCUCUCUAGCUUUCUCUCUCCUCUCUUCUCUCCCAACUCCGUCGGUCACUUCCUCCCUCCGAUAUCCAUAACGAGCCGGAGCUACUGGUAUCGAUUUCGGAUCUCCAUUUCGGACUCUCACCGACAAGUCGGUGCCAACCGACUCCGGUACCCGCUAUCGGCAGCGACUCCUGCCGAAGCUGCAUUUGCUCCGAGCUUAGAGUCUAAAUAUGAGUUGGCCGUGGAAGAAAAAGUCGUCAUCAGACAAAGCUGCUACUGAGAAGGCCUUAUUGGGAGCAGAGUCUACUCCGACACCGGGGGCAGAGAAAGAUAACUACAAGAAACCGAAUUAUGUUCAAAUUUCGGUGGAGCAAUAUUCGCAUCUGAGUGGAUUGGAGGAUCAAUUGAAGAAUUAUGAGAGUCAAGUGAAGGCGUAUGAGAAUCAGGUGAAUGCCUAUGAGGAUCAGGUGAAGACGUAUGAGGAUCAAUUUCAGACAUUGGAGGAUCAAAUAACAGAUUUGAACGAACAGCUCUCCACAGCACACUCAGAGAUCAGUACUCAGGAGGGUCUUGUGAAACAGCAUGCUAAAGUUGCCGAAGAAGCUGUCUCAGGUUGGGAAAAGGCUGAAGCAGAAGCUCUUGCAUUAAAAACUCAUUUAGAGGAUGUGACACUUCAGAAGCUGACUGCUGAAGAUCGGGCAUCCCAUUUGGAUGGUGCUCUCAAAGAGUGCAUGCGACAGAUCAGAAAUCUGAAGGAAGAUCAUGAACAGAAAUUGCAAGAAGUUGUUUUCACCAAAACAAAGCAAUGUGACAAAAUCAAGCAUGAGCUCGAAACAAGGAUGGCUAAUUUAGACCAAGAGCUUUUGAGGUCUGCUGCUGAAAAUGCUGCUAUUUCAAGGUCUUUACAAGAGCGGUCGAACAUGCUAUACAAGAUAAAUGAAGAGAAGUCACAAGCUGAGGCGGAAAUUGAGCGUUUCAAGAGCAACCUCGAGUCUUGUGAAAGGGAAAUUAACUCUCUGAAGUACGAACUUCAUAUAGCUGCCAAGGAGCUGGAAAUUCGUACAGAAGAAAAGAACAUGAGUGUGAGGUCUGCAGAUGCGGCAAACAAGCAGCAUAUGGAGGGUGUCAAAAAAAUAACAAAGCUAGAAGCUGAGUGCCAAAGAUUGCGUGGUCUUGUGCGGAAGAAGUUGCCUGGUCCUGCUGCACUUGCCCAAAUGAAGCUAGAGGUUGAGAGUUUGGGCCGAGAUUAUGGAGAAACUCGAUUAAAGAGAUCUCCUGUUAAGCCUUCUAGUCCACAUGUGUCCCAGGUGACCGAGUUUUCUCUUGACAAUGUACAGAAGUUUCAAAAGGAGAAUGAAUUUCUGACAGAACGAUUAUUUGCAAUGGAAGAAGAAACUAAAAUGCUAAAAGAGGCUCUGUCAAAACGUAACAGCGAAUUGCAGGCUUCGAGGAGUAUUUGUGCAAAAACAGUCAGCAAGCUUCAAACAAUAGAAACACAGCUUCAAAGCAGUGGUCAACAAAAAGGCUCCCCAAAAUCUGUUGUUCACAUCAGCAUUGAAGGUUCCUUGAGUCAGAAUGCAAGCAAUCCACCAAGUUUUGCCUCCAUGUCUGAAGAUGGAAAUGAUGAUGACAGAAGCUGUGCGGAAUCUUGGAGCACAUCAUUGAACUCUGAUCUCUCACACAUCAAGAAAGAGAAGAACAAAGAAAAGUCGAGCAAAGGUGAAAAUCAAAAUCAUUUGAAUCUCAUGGAUGACUUUCUGGAGAUGGAGAAGUUGGCUUGCUUGCCUAAUGACUCAAAUGGAGAUGUCUCAGUUUCAGAUAGUCCAACAAAUAAGACAUCUGAAAUAGAGGCCAAUAGGGCAUCGAGAGAAUUCACUGCCACAAAAGAUAUCCAAUCUGAGCAGCAAGAUGAUUCAAGUCCACUAGCAAAGCUUGAAGCAUCUUCUAACGGGGUCCUGUCAGUUCUCACUCCUGGAGCUAAUGAAAACAAGCUGUCUCUGGUGAAGCUCCGAUCAAGAAUAUCGGUACUGUUAGAGCUAUUAUCCAAGGACACUGAUUUUGGUAAAGUUAUUGAGGAUAUCAAGCACGUGGUCCAGGAAGCACAAGAUUCGCUGCCCCCUCACACUGUAAAUUGUGUUUCUGAAGACAUUGGUAGCACUGAUGCAGUAUUUGAUAGGCAGACAGACCCUGAGGACUCUGUUUUAAAUACAGAAAAGGAAUCCACAGGCAAUGAGACCAUGAAUGCAAUAAGUGAAGAACUGGCAUCCGCCAUUUCCCUGAUCCAUGACUUUGUGCUGUUCUUAGGCAAAGAAGUGGUGGGAGUUCAUGACACGUUUUCUGAUGGCAAUGAAUUAAGUCAGAAGAUCGAAAAAAUUUCUGGCACAUUUAGUAAAGUUAUUAAUGGGAAAUUAAGUUUGGUGGAUUUGGUUCUUGACCUUUCUCAUGUGUUAGCAAAUGCCAGUGAACUCAAGUUCAAUGUUAUAGGCUUCCAGGGUGUUGAAGCAGGAAGGAAUAGCCCUGAUUGUAUUGACAAGGUUGCCUUACCAGAGAACAAGGUAGUUGAGAAGGAUUCAUCACAAAGAUAUCAGAAUCAUUGUGUCGACAUUUCUAAUCAUUCUAAUCCUGAAGUUCCUGAUGACGGGCAUCUAGUAUCCAGUUUUGGGUCAGAUAGCACCUUAUGCAAAAUAUCAGUAGAGGAGUUUGAGCAAUUGAAAUCAGAGAAAGAUAACCUGGCAUUGGAUUUGGCAAGAUGCGCUGAAAACCUGGAGAUGACCACGUCCAAGUUACAGGAAACUGAGCAGCUCCUUGCAGAAGCUAAAACACAAUUUGUUUCAGCUCAAAAGGCAACCAGCUUGAAUGAGACGCAGCUGAAGUGUAUGGCAGAAUCAUACAGGACACUGGAAUCACGAGCCCAGGAGUUAAAAACUGAACUGAAAUUACAACAAGCCAGAGCUGAAACUCUGGAAAAGGAGUUGGUAGAAGAAAAGAGGAAUCAUCAAGAUGCUUUGGCCAGAUGCACAGAACUUCAAGAAGAGUUGAAAAGGCAUGAAACCUUAGCAGCAGCCGAGACAGCAGCUGAGACUGAAUUCAAGACAAAACAGGACAGGGAAUUGGCGGAUGCAGCAGAAAAGCUUGCCGAGUGUCAAGAAACCAUAUUUCUUCUCGGCAAGCAGUUAAAAUCUUUGCAUCCUCAAUCAGAGACCAUGGGAUCUCCACACAAUGAAAGGAGUCAAAGGGUUGAAGGGUUCGCCGAGGAUGAUCCCACUACUACCAGAACCUUGAAUUUCCACGACUCGGAUCAAGCUGAGAUGGAUGGUGCUGCUUCUCCCAAUGUUCUUAGAGCGGGUGGCGAGUCACCCAUCUAUCUGUACAAUGCCCCAUGCAGCCCAUCUGAUACAGAUGGAAACAAUCUCUUGAAAUCGCCAAGCAAUGGGAAAACUACCAAACACAGGCCCACAAAGUCCAGUUCCUCAUCUGGCGGGUCUUCUAACCCAACGCCGGAGAAAAAUCCACGCGGAUUCAGCCGGUUUUUCUCCUCCAAAGGAAAGAAUGGUUACUAGGCUUGCAGCUUCAGAGCAUGGUGCAAUGUGGUUAAAGACCGGUGGAAGUAAUAACUAGAAGAAGCACCAAAGAUGGAGACCUCCUUCAUUUGUGUAGUAGACAUCAUUUCUGGGAAUUCCCAGGUGUGAAGAAAAAGCUUAAAUGGGAGGGAAUGAAUACUUGUGAAGAAGAAGGUUUUAGGUGGUAAUUUUGUAACUAGUGGUUGUAUAUGAUAUCCAUAUCUGUUAAUUUGUUAUUCUCUUUCUUUAUGUAUUUUGUUCAACUGAGAACGAUGGCAUAGUUUAUGAAGUGUUUCCAAACA